ACCUGAAAAUGUAAGAAUAUGUUUGAAUGCACCUGAAGAAUCGUUUCCCAAAAAUGAAGAAGAGCAUGUAACGUUUGAUACAGUUGUUCGCGUGAUGGCUUCUUACGAUAUGGGAUGGAGCACGAGAGGCACAGGCCGUGAUUACGAUAGUCUUAAUGGUUUUGGUUCUAUUGUAGGCCAUUUUAGUCACCAGAUAUUAGAUUAUUCUACGUGCAAUCGUAAAUGUAAAAAGUGUGAUGUAGGACAUUCNCCAUUUGACCAUGAUUGCAGAUUAAAUUUUAAAGGUUCCGCUAAGGCAAUGGAGGCCCACGUUGCUAAUAAACUUGUAAAUGAAAGUGCUAUUUUGCAAUUAAAAAACGUUCAAGUUGGAGUACUUAUUGGUGACGAUGAUAGUUCAGCCAUCGCUGCUUGUCGUGCUGGAGCUUCACAUUGUAUUGCUAAACUUUCUGAUGUUAAUCACACGUCUAAGGGUGUCAAAAAACAACUGUAUAACAUUGAGAAAAAUCACAAAGAACUAACAAGAGAAGGAAUUUCCUAUCUUCACAGAUGUUUUACUUAUGCCAUGGCUCAAAACAGAGGUAACAGUGCGUCCAUGGCAGAAGCUAUCAGAUGUAUUCCUUAUCACGCUUUUAACCAACACAACAAAUGUGGACAAUGGUGCGGAUACGUUAAAGAUAAAGAAAAUUAUGACCAUAAAAUUGUUCCGGGUGGAUUUAACGAUUCGCAGUUAUUUGAAGCACUCAAAGAAGUCUUUGAUAAAUUAGCAUCAAAUGCAACCAAAUUUUCUGUGGGAGUCUCAAGUAACAUAAAUGAAAGCCUCAAUGCAAGUAUGGCAAGUAAAGCACCAAAAGCAAAAUGUUUGAGUCUGACAGCAGCAGCAGAUUAUCGAUAUGCAUGUGUUGUAGCACAAAAAAAUAUAGGAGAAACAUAUUCAGAGAUUGUUGCAAAAAAAUUAUCGUUGUCACCUGGAAAACAUCAUUCUAGAUAUGUUUCUAAAAUUCAAUCUAUUAAAAAUCAGCGAAAUAUAAAAACAAGAAGUCACGCAUUUAAAAUGAGACGUAUGCAAUUAAAAAAAUAUAGGUCUGCUUUACGAUACCAAAAAGAAGCUUCAGAAGGUAUAACUUAUAAGAGUAAUUGUGCGUUACUAAGUGAGCCAGCUGUACAGUCAAAUAAAGAAAGCUUUAGUGAAGAUGAAGGUACUAUAAAUGAAAAUAUCCCUGUAGUGUACGUUGAUCUUGAAACUUCGGGAUUUCAGAAAAAUUGCGAUAUUUUACAAAUUGCUGCAAAAUGCGGUAAACAUUCGUUUAAUAUUUAUAUCAAUCCGAAACACGAAAUUUCUGCAGCCGCUACUGCAGUUCAUGGUCUAAGAAAAUGCGAAGCAGAAUUAAUGUUAUAUGGAAAAAAAGUUCCUUCUGUACCACUGAGGGCUGCUAUUGGAAACUUACUGCACUGGUUAAAUUCAUUGACGAAAAAAUGUUACGUUGCGGNGCAUAAUUUAAAUUUUGAUGGACCAAGAUUAUUUGAUGCCAUUUCAGUUUGCUCCUUAAAUGAUGAGUUUUCAAAUGUUAUUGAAGGCUUUAUUGAUACGUUGCAAGUUAUUAGAAAAGAAACUGAACGAAAAGGCAAAACUAAGUGUACUCUUACAGAAUUAGCAAAUUGGCUUAGUAUUUCAUGCAUAAAUGCUCAUAAUGCAAUACAAGAUGUAUCUAUGCUAGAAAAAAUUAUUAAAAAGUCUAAUAUAAGUUAUGAAACACUAAUUAAAUAUGCA